ACCAUUUCUCUUUCUAUUCUCUCUCCGGCCAACCAACAUCCAUGAUCCAUCCACCAUUGCCAUUGUCAUGUCCCCGCCACAAACCAUGCCUCCUCCUCCUUCUUCCGCCAUCAACAACCACCAUGUUCAUCCUCAUGUUGCAGAGCCACCAGCAAAUCCAACGGUAGGCACAAGGGUGGCAGGGAUAUUGCUUAAAUGGAUAAACUGUGGGAAACGUUGGCGACCAAGAUGGUUUGUGUUACAAGAUGGUGUGCUUUCCUACUACAAGAUUCAUAGCCCCAUUGCCACCAAAGAAGCCGAUAAAGAAUGCCGGAUCAUUGGUACUCAUAAUCACAAUCCCCGCCAUGUUAAUCAUCCUCACCACCGCAAGCCGCUUGGUGAACUUCAUCUCAAGGUAUCAUCUAUUUGUGAAAGUAGAUCGGAUGAUAGACGAUUUUCAAUAUUUACGGGAACAAAAGGGAUGCACUUGAAAGCGCACACACGGGAAGAUCAAAUGGAAUGGAUGGAAGCUUUAAAGGCAGUGAAGCGGAUGUUCCCACGAAUGUCUAACAGCGAAUUGUUGAACCCUAUAACCAGUGUUACAACAGUGUCUACAGAAAAGCUAAGAGCACGACUAUUGCAAGAAGGUGUAAAUGAGGCAAUCAUUCAAGAUGCCGAAAGGAUUAUGAGGAAUGAGUUUUUAAUAAUGCAAGAUCAACUCGCACUUCUUCGGAAAAAAGUCGCACUUCUCAUUGAAACUUUAGAUAUGUCAUAG